AUGUUGCCAUUAAGACUCGUCACUACUUCGAUUUUCGUAUUCAUCGUCGUUUAUGCCCAAAAUUGUGAAGACGUGAUCUCGUCGUGCGACGACUUGAAGUCAAUCUGCAUUGGAAGUAUUCUUGAAUAUCAGCUGAAGCAAAUCGUGUCGUUGGCUUCUCAAUUGAACAGCUCAUCAAUUCCAGUUCUUGAGAAUUCACUUCCACAAGUUGAGUCGGAGUUGCCGCUGGUUCUUGGUAAUCAGAAUGGCGAAACUAGCAAGCAACCGUCAUCUGAUUCUGAGACUCUCAUGAAAAAUCUUCCACUUAUCAAAGAAUCUUUGCCUUUAAUUCGAGAAUCACUUCCGCUAAUUCGCGAAUCUCUCCCAUUAAUUCGAGAAUACCUUGACCCAUUGUUUGACAAUGGCAAAACGAGUUGUCAGAAAAAGGAAAUUUGUAAAAGCUGUAAAGCAUGCCCGAAGCUUCGCGAGUCGCUGGUGAGAUUUGUCGAAUCACUGUGCCCCAACACCUGUAGAGUUUGCGCCACAUCAACGGAUCUUGGAACCAAAUCCCAGAAUUUGGCAGCUGUAUAUCUUUAA